AUGACAGAAUAAGGUGUUGAUUAGUUGAUUGCAGAUUUUUAAAAGGAUAAAAUCAGCGUAAGAUCUUAAUUUCUUCAAGAUUAUUACAAUUAGUAAAAAAUUGGAAAAAGAUCAGAGUUCGAUCCAAGAGAUCCUCUUGGACCUCGUCUCUCUACUUAUUGGGAUCAAGGUGAUAAUGUAUUUUCUGUGACAUAUAAAAAAUUAAGCAAUUUCACAUAUAAACUAUUCAAUCCUGAUACUUAUACAUAGUUAUAGCUAGACGAAUUGAAAUAUUAGGUAAAGCUGAAUGAUGCAUACUUAUUUUUAGGAGCUGCAGUCCUGUCAGUACCGAUGAUAGUAUUUAUUCCUUUUAUAUUACCUAGAAUGAAAAGGGCAAAAAGAGAAUAUUUCAUGCAUUAAUUUAUAAAGAAAUCAUUCUUUGAAAAAGAAUUAGGAAUAGAAAAAGCUAAUUAAAAAAAAUUAAGACUUCACUAAAUGAAACAAAUACUAAAAAAGAGAAAUGAGAUAAACGAGUGA